CUGAUCUGAGAUCAGUGGAAGAUAAAAGCUCAGACUCACCUGAACCCAGCUGUGUGUCCAUGAAGAGUGAUCGGUCAAUGAGAGAUCCCCUAUUCUUCAAAGAAGGAAAUUCUUCUACUGAUCUGAGAAAACAAGAGAAAUUGAAGAAAUCAGAAAGAAGCAGCAGAAAUGAGGUGGAUUCAGUAUUUAAGGAGCUGGAGCAGAAAGUCUUCACUCUGUUAAAAAAUGAGCUGAAUAAAUAUAAGAAGAUACUGAGUCCAGGUUACCCAGAAUGCUCUGAGGUGAAGGAUGAGGAGAAUCAAUGUAGUUUCAGAGAGGAGGUACUGAAGAUCACUCUACAUGUCCUGAAGAAGAUGAACCAGACAGAUUUAGCCAACACACUGCAGACCAAGCUGGUCUCUGUUUAUCAGAAGAACCUCAAAACCAAACUGAUAGAGAAAUAUAAAAGAAUUAAUGAAGGAAUCUCACAGCAUGGAUCAUCAGUUCUCCUGGAUCAGAUCUACACUGAGCUCUACAUCACAGAGGGUUCGAGUGGAGACGUCAAUAAUGAAUAUGAGGUGAGACAGAUUGAAACCACAUCCAGGAGACCAACAACACAGGAGAAACCCAUCAAAUGUAACGACCUCUUUAAAGACACGUCCAUCAGAACUGUGCUGACUAAAGGAGUUGCUGGAAUUGGAAAAACCGUCUCUGUGCAGAAGUUCAUUCUGGACUGGGCUGAAGGAAAAGCCAAUCAGGAUGUUCUCUUCAUGUUCCCACUUUCCUUUAGAGAGCUGAAUCUGAUUAAGGAGAAACAUCUCAGUCUGAUGAAGCUUCUUCAGUAUUUUUUUCCAGAAUUUAAAAGAAUUAAAUCAAUAAACUGCAGCACCUACAAGAUCAUUUUCAUCUUUGAUGGUCUGGAUGAGUGUCGACUUCCUCUAAACUUCCAGAACAAUGAGAUUGUGUGGGAUGUAACAGAAUCAGCCUCAGUGGAUGUGCUGCUGACAAACCUCAUCAAUGGGAACCUGCUUCCAUGUGCUCUCCUCUGGAUCACCUCUCGACCAGCUGCAGCCAAUCAGAUCCCUCCUGAGUGUGUAGCCCAGGUAACAGAGGUACGAGGGUUCAGUGAUCCUCAGAAAGAGGAGUACUUCAGGAAGAGGAUCAGUGAUAAGAAGCUGGCCAAUAAAAUCAUCAAACACAUGAAGUCAUCAAGAAGCCUCUACAUCAUGUGUCACAUUCCAGUUUUCUGCUGGAUUUCAGCCUCUGUUCUAGAGAGAAUGCUGGGUGAAGCAGAGGGUGGAGAGAUCCCCAAAACUCUGACUCAAAUGUUCAUCCACUUCCUGAUCUUUCAGAUCAAACACAAGGAACAAAAGUAUCAUGGGAAAUGUGACCCUGACCCUCAUCAGACCAGAGAGACGAUACUGGCACUGGGAAAACUGGCUUUCCAACAGCUGGAGAAAGGAAACCUGAUCUUCUAUGAAGAAGACCUGAGAGAGUGUGGUAUUGAUGUCGGAGAAGUGUCAGUGUACUCAGGAGUGUGCACCCAGAUCUUCAGAGAGGAGUUUGGGUUACACCUGGGGAAGGUCUUCAGCUUUGUUCAUCUGAGCGUCCAGGAGUUUCUGGCUGCUUUAUUUGCAUUUAUCUGCUAUAUCAGCAAAAAUCUAGCAGAACAACAAACCACUGAUCUGUCUGAUCUGUUCACGAAGUCCAGCAUGUCUGAUUUCCUCAAGAGUGCAGUGGACAAGGCCUUACAGUGUGAGAAUGGACACCUGGACCUUUUCCUUCGCUUUCUUCUGGGUCUCUCACUGGAGUCCAAUCAGACUCUCUUACGAGACCUACUGACACAGACAGGAAGUAGCUCUCACAGUAAACAGGAAGCUGUGGAAUACAUCAAGGAGAAGAUCAGGGAGAAUCCCUCACCAGAGAAAUCCAUCAAUCUGUUCCACUGUCUGAAUGAACUGAACGAUCAUUCUCUGGUGCAGGAGGUUCAGACUUACCUGAACAGAAUAGAACCUGGUUUUGUAUUUAAUGAUCCUGGUUGUCUCAGAGGAAUCAGUCUCUCUCCUGCUCAGUGGUCAGCGCUGGUGUUUGUGUUACUGAACUCAGAAGAAGAUCUGGAGAAGUUUGAUUUGAGGAAAUAUUACAGAUCAGAUGAAGGUCUUCUGAAGCUGCUGCCAGUGGUGAAAGAAUCCAGAAGAGCUGAGUUGUAUAAUUGUGAUCUAACAGGUGAAAGUUGUGCAGCUCUGUCCUCAGUUCUCAGUUCAAACUCCAACAAUCUGAGAGAUCUGAACCUGAGUAACAAUAACCUGCAGGAUUCAGGAGUGAAGCUGCUCUCUGCUGCACUGAAGAAUCCACACUGUACACUGGAGAUACUGUGGUUGGAUGAUUGUUCUCUAACAGGUGAAAGUUGUGCAGCUCUGUCCUCAGUUCUCAGUUCAAACUCCAACAAUCUGAGAGAUCUGAACCUGAGUUACAAUAAGCUGCAGGAUUCAGGAGUGAAGCUGCUCUCUGCUGCACUGAAGAAUCCACACUGUACACUGGAGAUACUGAGGUUGGUGGGCUGCUGGAUUACAGAUGAAGGUUUUAUAUCUCUGGCUUCAGCUCUGAGAUCAAACUCCUCAUCACUCCUGAAACAUCUGGAUCUGAGCCUCAAUAAUCCAGGAGAAUCAGGAGUGAAGCUUCUCACUGAUCUACAGAAGGAUCCUCACUGUAAACUGGAGACACUACAUAUCUCCAGUAGAUGGUAACAAAGUCCUCCAGCCCGUGUGUUGCAGCUCGUAUCCAGAUGAAAUGUUUCCUUCAUUAGAAAGCUGAAGCUCCAUCAUGGGCAGAACAGAGAUCAGAAGCUCCACAUCCCUUCAAUCUUCUAGUGACAGUCUGUCCAGUAACUGCAAUCUUAGAUGGAAAGAGUCUUUGGCUCAGAUCCACAUGCAGUUCCCAGUCCCUGGCUAUGCUCAGUGUACAUAAGUCUGCUGGUUUUCCUCUUCCUAAAGGAUGUGAACUGUGGGAAGGUAGUCUGGACAUUAAGGGGGGCGGCACUGGUUGUAACUCUCUUUUGCUUGAGUGCUAAGACCAAGUUCCUCAGCACUUGGUUAUGGUGUCAGGUGGAUCUACCUUGAGUUAAGCUGUUCUUGGAACCCACCAGGAUGUGUUUGAGUGUUGCUGGAGCUGCAGGUUGGAGACAGGCUGGAUCUUUACCAAGCCAGAGAUGAAGUGUACCCGGCCAAUAAAGUGAUUCUGAUAAAUGUUCUACAGUUACAGUAGAUUUUUAUCAUUAUUACAUUAAAUAAAUACUAAUGCAGCAGCUUGUCUUACAUAACCUAGAAAUAUGAGAGUAGGAAAUGUUCUGGAGAACAUACUAAUCUGAUUCUUUUACAGCUGCACUACGAGCUGUUUGUUGGUUUUAUUUACUCUUCACAGUAAAUUCAAUAUGUAACGCUGUAAUGCUAGUGCUUUUUUAUUGAGUAUGUAAAGUAACCUUCAUUUUAUUCUGUCAUGCUGGAGAAUUGAUUUGUAUAAUAAAA